CACAGUCCAUGAAGGCAGCAGCAGCUACAGUGCAGGCGGUGUCUCCGGGAAGUUGCUCUGAUGCCAUCCUCCAAUGAGCGGCGCCCGUAACACCCACAACAGCGGUCCGUCCCGGCGGCUCCAUAUUGGAUCGGUCUCCUGGUAGAAAUACGUUGUGCUGGAGGUCUACCUGCGCUCGGUGCUCCUCAACACGGCCGAGCUGCCUACAGCGCUCCCCGGGCUCAGGUAUGAAGGCUCCACGCCGAGCAGCCGCACCGAUUCCGACAAAUGUCCUCCGGAGCUUUUGUUCCAGCGACCGGCGUCUCUCCGGCCGCUUUUAACGGGGCGCAGAAAUUAGGUUAAAGACGCACCUGAAGAGCGCAGCGAAAAGUGGCAUGCGGGGCGAAGAAGGCAUAAUUGGAUUGAGAUAACGCCACACGGGGAUGAUGUUCACACUUACUGAAGUUGCUUCCUUGAACGACAUCCAGCCGACGUACCGCAUCCUAAAGCCAUGGUGGGACGUCUUCAUGGACUACCUGGGCCUGGUCAUGCUCAUGCUGGCCAUAUUUGCAAUGACCAUGCAGAUCACCAAGGACCAGGUGGCCUGUCUGCCGUGUCUGGAGGAUCCGGAGGAGGCCUCAGGAGCGAAGCCUCACUCGUUCCCCCCGCAGAGCGAACAGGAAGCAGCCUCAUCCGCUGCCACUGGAGCCCCUGCGGUCGCCACCGUCCCGCUGGUCACUAAAGAUCUACCGGACGACGUUGUCCGUGAGAUCCACGUAACGCACCAACACACUGCUGUGGCGCCCGAGAAAUACGCCAACCAGCCUCAACCGACAGGAGUCAGAACCAACCUGGACUAUCAACAGUAUAUCUUUAUUAACCAAAUAUGUUACCAUGUUGCCUUGCCCUGGUAUUCCAAGUACUUUCCAUACCUCACCCUCAUCCACACACUUAUUCUAAUGGUCAGUAGCAAUUUCUGGUUCAAAUACCCCAAAACCAGCUCAAAGAUCGAGCACUUUGUUUCUAUCCUGGGGAGGUGUUUUGAGUCUCCAUGGACGACGAAGGCUCUGUCUGAAACGGCUUGCGAGGACUCUGAGGAGAACAAACAGAGGCUAACCGGCACCUCCUCGGCACCAAAGCAGGUGUCUUUAGAGGGGAAGGAGGACGGCGCUAACGCCAGCCCGUCUGCGCCGAUGCUCGGGGUGAAAUUUUCUGCAGAUAAGCCCAUCGCAGAAGUACCAAGUAGUAUGACAAUCCUGGAUAAAAAAGACGGGGAGCAGGCCAAAGCUCUGUUUGAGAAAGUGAGAAAGUUCCGAGCUCAUGUGGAGGACAGUGAUUUUAUCUACAAGCUUUAUGUAGCACAGACCAUUGUCAAAUCAGUCAAGUUCAUUUUGAUAUUGUGUUACACUUCCACCUUUUUAGCUAAGAUAAAUUUUAAGCAUGAUUGUGAACCUGAAAUAAAACAGCUAACGGGAUACAAAAAGUUCUUCUGUACGCACAACAUGGCUUUUAUGCUGAACAAGCUGCUCAUCAGCUACAUGGCUUUGAUUUUGAUCUACGGGAUGACGUGCCUCUACUCUCUGUUCUGGGUGUUCAGACGACCGCUGAAAGAGUAUUCGUUCGAGAAGGUCAGAGAAGAGAGCAGCUUCAGUGACAUUCCUGAUGUCAAAAAUGACUUUGCAUUCCUUUUACACAUGGUUGACCAGUAUGACCAACUCUACUCCAAGCGCUUCAGUGUUUUCUUGUCCGAGGUCAGUGAAAACAAGCUGAGGGAGAUCAGCCUCAAUCACGAGUGGACCUUUGAGAAAUUGAGGCAGCUUGUGACCCGUAAUGUACAGGACCAGCAGGAGCUGCACCUCUUCAUGCUCUCUGGUCUCCCGAACGCAGUGUUUGACCUCACGGAUUUGGAAGUGCUGAAGCUGGAGCUGAUUCCUGAGGUGAGGUUCUCGGCGAAGGUCUCCCAGAUGACCAGCCUGCAGGAGCUGCAUCUCUGCCACUGUCCGGCCAAAGUGGAGCAGACGGGUUUUGCUUUCCUGCGCGACCAUCUCCGCUGCCUGCACGUCAAGUUCACCGACGUCGCCGAGAUUCCGGCUUGGGUGUAUUUGCUGAGGAGUCUGAGGGAGCUCAACCUAAUCGGCAACUUGAGCUCAGAAAACAACAAAAUGAUCGGUCUGGAGUCCAUGCGAGAUUUGAGGCAUUUAAAGACAUUAUGCUUAAAGAGCAACCUCACUAAAAUGCCCACAAACAUCACAGAGCUUUCACCACAUCUGAUUCGGUUAGUGGUGCACAAUGAUGGUACAAAACUGUUGGUACUGAACAGUCUGAAAAAAAUGACAAAUCUGAUUGAACUGGAGCUGCACACAUGUGAGCUGGAGAGAAUUCCCCACGCCAUUUUCAGCUUGACCAACUUACAGGAACUUGACCUGAAAUCUAACAACAUCCGAACCAUCGAGGAGAUCAUCAGUUUCCAGCACCUCAAGAGGCUGACCUGCCUCAAACUGUGGCACAACAAAAUCAUCACCAUCCCCUCCUCCAUCGGCCAGGUCAAGUCUCUGGAGUCUCUCCACCUCUCUCACAACAAACUAGAGUCUCUGCCUCCGGCCUUGUUCACUCUCCCUAAACUGCGACACUUGGAUGUGGGCCAUAACUCCAUCACAGUGCUUCCUCCAGACGUGGGCCUCCUCCACAACCUGCAGCACUUAGCCAUCAACUCCAACAAGCUGGAGGUCCUGCCCAAGCCUCUGUUCAGAUGCAACAAGCUGAAGGCGCUGUGUCUGGGCCACAACGCGCUCACCACGCUGCCAGAGUCUGUGGGUCAGCUGGUCCAGCUCACUCAGCUGGAGCUGAGGGGAAACUGUCUGGACAGACUGCCCGCCCAGUUAGGAAACUGUCGUCUGCUGCGCAAAAGCGGCCUCAUAGUGGAGGACCACCUCUUCGACACGCUGCCCGGGGAAGUUAAAGAGAGCAUCAGCCGAGACACCACCUUUACGAAUGGCUUAUAGCACAACAGCCACGACCCAGAGAGGCUGGCAGUAACCGACUCAAGACACUUUUUACGAUUAUCCGUAAAAAUGAAUGCAUUUUUCUUAAUUAUUUUAAUGGGGUGUCUUAGUUGCUUAUGUUUUGAUACAACUUAGAAAAGAUGCAGAUUGCUUUUGUUGUUGCUAAUUAUGUAUCUAAUUCAGCAUUUUUUCCAUAGUUUUUAGAAAUCUAGCUUCUUUAUAUAAUGCCCAAUAGACCAAAACUGUUUGCUCCAGCGGCACAGUAUGUAGAUUUGUCAAUAUUGUUUUAGGUACUCAGGUAUACUUGAAACCACGGGGAACAAUCUUUUUGCCUUAACUGCUGCUAUUUUAUUUUAUUUUUUUACAGUGAGGGCUUUCACAAACAAAAGGCCAAAAAUGAAUAAUUCAUGUCAUCACUUUUUCAUCCAGACACCAUCCGCACAACAAUUUCCAUGUGUUAUAGAAGCAAACACAAUGCAACAGUCCUUUUCUCUGUAGUUUGUAGCUUUUGUCCAACUCAUAAUCGAUGUAUAUUUUCCUCUUAAUCCUGUCGUGUAGCUAACAGAAUUAAUUCAGAGUUGUAAACCUCAGGUGGAGACUAAGCACCAUCAAUGAACCUUUACCUUACUGUUGUAGAGAUUGUAUACCAAGGCCUGUAGUAAUUCAUUUGAAUACUGAAAACCUGAUGAUGUAAAGAUUGGUGAAUGUUCUUUUGUGAUAAGUUGUUCUGAGCUGACAAAAGGGAAAUCUGCCGAUCAGCUUUUUGAAUCAUGUUUUAAAGUUUUGCGAUUGAAGCUGGCCACUAGUUGGACUGAUUGUCCUACAUGUCACAAUCAUGUAAUAACGUCUGCCUUCGUUCUUCUCAGUGUACUUCUGUGUAGGUCUGUAUGUAAGUGUUCUUCAGAGCUGCUGUACCACCGUGGUGAUUCUAUGCUCAAAGUUCACAACUUUAUGGUACAAUAAAACAAGAUUUUAGAUGAA